AUGCAUAAGAAUGGGAAAUUGACGAAAGGCAUAAAUUCUACAUUCAUCGCCCUUAUUCCUAAAGUUGCUAGCCCUCAAUCGUUGAAUGAGUUUCGCCCUAUUUCUUUGGUGGGGAGCUUGUACAAAAUUUUGGCGAAAAUUCUAGCAAACAGGUUGAGGCAGGUUAUUGGGAGUGUUGUGUCUGAAACUCAGUCUGCUUUUGUGAAGGAUAGACAAAUUCUUGAUGGUAUCUUGAUUGCGAAUGAGGUGGUUGAUGAGGCAAGGAGAUCUAAGAAAGACCUUUUGUUGUUCAAAGUAGAUUUUGAAAAGGCGUAUGAUUCGGUAGAUUGGGGGUACCUUGACGAGGUGAUGGGGAGUAUGUCGUUCCCGACGGUGUGGCGAAAGUGGAUUAGAGAAUGUGUUGGUACUGCUACUGCCUCAGUUCUUGUGAAUGGCAGUCCUACUGAUGAGUUUUCUCUUGAACGGGGAUUACGUCAGGGUGAUCCUCUAUCUCCUUUCUUAUUUUUAUUGGCAGCAGAGGGUUUGAAUGUGUUGAUGAAAGCGUUGGUAGACACAGAUCUGUUUACAGGGUAUAGAGUGGGGAGAGAGAAUUCAGUGGUGGUGUCUCAUUUACAGUUCGCUGAUGAUACACUUCUUAUUGGGAACAAAAGCUGGGCUAAUGUGCGGGCGCUGAGGGCUGGUCUAGUUUUGUUUGAAGCUAUGUCGGGUUUGAAAGUUAAUUUUCAUAAGAGUUCUCUGGUAGGGGUUAAUAUUUAUGAUUCGUGGUUGUCAGAAGCGGCUUCUGUGUUGGGGUGCAAAGUAGGUAAAAUCCCGUUUCUCUAUUUGGGGCUCUCGAUUGGGGGCGAUCCGCGUCGUCUUUUGUUUUGGGAACCUGUGGUGGAUCGUAUUAAAUCUAGAUUGUCUGGGGGUGAGGAAAAAAGAAAAAUAUCUUGGGUUAGGUGGGAUUCUUUGAGUAUGAGGAAGGAGUAUGGAGGGUUGGGGGUUAAGAGGUUGAGGGAGUUUAACAUUGCUUUGUUGGGUAAAUUGUGUUGGAGGUUGUUAUUAGAGAGGGAUGCUUUGUGGAGAAAGGUGUUAGUGGCUAGGUAUGGUGUGGAGGAUGGCAGUUUGGAGGAUGGGGGCCGGAGUUGUUCUUCGUGGUGGAGGGAGAUUGUGAGGAUUAGAGAUGGGAUAGGUGAGGGUGGAGAGGGAUGGUUUGGGUCUUGUGUUAGGAGGAGAGUGGGAGAUGGGGCAGAUACUGAUUUCUGGCGUGAUUGUUGGUGUGGAGAUGUUCCUCUUUGUGUCCGGUUUAGGCGCCUUUUUGACUUGACUGUUCACAAAUCAAUCUCAGUUAGGAAUAUGUUCCUUCUGGGGGUGGAUGUGGGGGGGGAGGCGUUGAGGUGGCGUAGGCGGUUGUGGGCUUGGGAGGAGGAGUUGGUAGAGGAGUGUAGGGCUUUGUUACUAACAGUUUCUUUGCAGGACUCAGUGUUAGACAGAUGGCUCUGGUUACCUAAUCAUGAUGAUGGGUAUUCUGUACGUGGAGUCUAUGACAUGCUGACAUCACAGGAGCAGCCCCAGUUACACCAUAAUGUGGACUUAAUUUGGCAUAAACAGGUCCCUCUCAAAGUCUCUAUCCUUGCUUGGCGACUAAUGAGGGAUCGGUUACCUACAAAACUUAAUUUGGCAAAUCGUGACAUUCUAUCUGUGGAGGAGCGGUUAUGCGUUGCUGGAUGUGGGAUUGUCGAAGAUGUUACUCAUUUUUUUUUGUCUUGUGCAACUUUUGGUGCAUUAUGGCCGAUGGUGCGGCAUUGGUUAGGAGUGGUUGUUCGAGAGGGCGACGGUCUUUCUUCCACUUGA